AUGUCACUAGGUAUAUCACUAUCUCAAUUGAUUACUGAUAAUCCACAGCCGUUAUCUAGUGGAGUUAGUGCUUUAGAUGAUGCGUUAAAUAAGGGAUUCCAUUCGCGAUCAAUUUAUGAAAUUUAUGGCCCUCCAGGUGUCGGUAAAACCAAAAUGGGGAUACAGUUGGUCCAAAAUGCAACGACUGGCAACUCAGAAAGGAAAGUCCUAUGGAUAGAGACACAUGUUUCGGCCCCCUUGAAUUUAAUGGAUUUUGAUAAGGGAAAUAUCUUUACCGUUACAACUAAUAAAUUCACACAGUUACUGAUAUUUUUCAAGAAAUUACUUGAAAAAGAUGAAAAGUAUGAUUUGAUUCUAAUCAGUGGAUUUUCCCAAUUGGUGACCGAUCAUAUAGAAAUUUUGUUAAAUCGAGGGUACAAUUUCAAGAACAUACAUGAGCUAAAAUGUAAACAUUUGGCCCUAAUACUUACCGAAAUGACAAAAUAUACACACUCAAAAAAUGCUAGCAUAGUGCUGUUGAAUGAUUGUAUGAACACAUCCUUUCAAAAAGAUAUUGGUAAUGUCGAAGACAAUUUGGAAGUGGUCGACGAUGGAUCAAAUUUUUUAGUUUCAUCAUCAUUUAAUUCACACAGGCGUAAAAAUACACAAGUAUUACGAAGCUCACUAGUUGCUAAUUCUGCAAUGGGGAACAAGGACAAUAUCUGGGAAGCCUUUAUCAGAUGCAGUAUUGGCAUAUUUUGGAAUUGGAAACACAAAGACAUCGGAAAUAAUAGGAAAAGAAACUUUGAAAAAUGCAGGAUUGCAGUGGUGUCUGAUUUAAAUGGAAAGGAAAUGCAAAACAAAAAGAGGGCAACGUAUAAGAAUGAAGUUGAUUGCAGCAUUGUUAGAUUUGAUAUCGACGAAAGCAGUGGUAGUUUCAAAGAUAUCAAGGCUGAUUUGAACAAUAUCAAUUUCGAUGACAGGAUAAUGCCACCCCAGAAAAAAAAUAAAUCUGGUUCAUCCGUAAGCAUUUCUCCGUCACUUACAGAUUCAAGCCGUCAAGUCUCACCUGAAGAACUGCUACUAGACACCUCUCUAGUGGGCUCUGCGAUAGAUGCAUACAACAAAACAGUAUAUGAAAAAGAGCCGGAAUUGGAGGCUAUCAUAUACGAUAGUGAAGGAUAG